AUGCAAUACAGUGGUAACUGGUGGUAUGACCGAACAACAUCUUACGGCAGUACUACCAAUCCAUUAGACAAUUAUGACAUGAUUUCACCGGCAUUCUGGCUCGUUGGAGGAAAUUCCAUCAAAAUGAGUCGCAGUGAUUACAGCUCACACGGAGCUUUAUUGUACACAGAUCAGAAUUGUCUUAGUGGUGGAACAUUUAGAAACCGUAUAACUGGUUACGGGAACUUCAGAAAUGGCAGGGUGAGGAACAGUGACAGCUGUCGUGGAAGUUGUUAUAUUCCGGGCGGGGCUCAUGGAUAUGGUGACUCUUCCACACCCGGAUUUACUCAUACUGAUUGUAGCAGCAAUCUUCAAAGCAGUCAUUACGUGUCUUUCUGGUGCGAUUGGAGCCAAGGUGACGGAGCCGUGAUUAUGGUGGGUGGAGGAGGUUCUUCGUGCAACAGAGCGGAUCAUGGGAUUGGUGUUACAGAGGCAAAUAGCGCUGUGUUUGGCAAUCCAGCAGAGUGUUAUGGCGACUUUGGUGAUAAUUGCAAUUUUCCAACAAGUUACUCUAUCAAUCUAUGGAUCAAGUAA